AGCAUAUAGAUGAAUUAGAUGAAUGUGGGCUGCUGGAGUGUCCUCCUAUUGCACCUCAACUCAACUGCCGCCCACCUCCGGCACUGCCGGGACUUGGGAGUGACCCUACUGCUGUUGCCAGGCAACCAGUAGCCACAACACGCCGGGUACACGCUGUACCUGCACUGAGCCGGGAAGCUGCAGAGCCGCAGUGUGUUGCUCGGGAUAUACUAGGACUGCUAUUGUAAGGAUGGAUGAAUUACUGCACUGGCUGGAAAUCAGGAUCACAUCGUCUCUGAAACCAAGAGCAGAUGACAUGAGAAAUCUGUUUCUGGAUCACACCUACAGGUCCUACUUCUGUGAAUUUCUAAAGAAUGAAGACAUCCACACAUUAUAUAUUUAUUUCAAGCUUGACAAGGCAUCCCUUGCAGCUACUCUUACACCGCCUCCUGCCUUACAGAACAAGUGCAUAUGCUUUGUAAAGCUGGGAACUGCAAUUAAGCUUACCCUGGAAAAUAUAGCGAAUCAUGUGAUAUCUGUGGACUGUGCCAAAUUCCCAUUGAAGUACUUUGAUACAGUUCUUCACCAAGUCUACCUGCCUCUCCUGCUGUGCACUGAUAAUACAGCAAGCGGAACUUACACCACUGAUAAGAUUAUUGACAUUUUGCACAGGUUCACGGGGAGCCUGGAAGUUAUAGCAGGUCAUGUGGAGGGCUCCAUUGUGCUUCCCAUUCCUUCUCUGGAAUUACUGAAAGACACAUCAUUAUCCAACAUAUCUGGAUCUGCAAUCCAUAUUAUGGAAACAACGGUUAUUGGCUGGAUAAGGCAAAUCAAGGUUGUACUUAAGCAUGAUGCUCUUCCUGAGAUCAAGGCAAUGGGAGUAACGGCAGGGAUUUACCAUGAAAAGGAGAUGUGGGAAACACAUAUUGACAACCUAGAAUCUAUUGACAUGCAGUUACAUUCUGCCGAAGCCAGAGAAAUCGUCUACCUUCUGCAGCAGGCAAAAAGCAUGUAUGGAAAUUCUAUUGCAGAUGUGACCCAGGAAGUGCAGAAGGCGUAUCAUCAGGCGAAAGAAAACCUGACAUUUUUACAGACGUUGUGCCAAUGUUACGAUCAGCUAAAAUCUUCCAAAACCACCACAGAGAAGCAGAAAUCCUUCUUUCUAAUGUUACAUCGUUUAUUUUUGGUUUGGACACAUUCAAGAUAUUAUCAUCAAUCCAAAGUAUUUAUAAAUCUUCUCAGGCUAAUGUCCAAGGAAGUGGUUGAGAUAGCAGCUGGUCAUCUAGGAGGAAAUAUAUUAGCCAGUCCUCAGGCAUACAUUUUGCUUAAAGAAGCUUUAAAGAUUUGUGCAACUUUCCGUGGAAAUUAUCUGGAUGUCAAAAUCAAGGCUGAUGAAGUGAAUACAAAGAAGAUGGAAGAAAAUGCCAGUCUAAACAAAUCCAAUAAAUCAAGUGAUACGGUUUGUAACAUUACCAUGUAUGAAGUGCCAGCUCCAUGGGUUUAUGGAAGAAACCAAUCCAGUCAUAAAGAAAAGGAGGAUAAGAAAGAGACCAUGUGGAUAAAUUCUCCAUGGCCUCUGUACAAUGCUCCAUGUUUUCAGAAUAUCAACAUGUUUAUGGAAAGAUGCAAUGAUGUCCUGGACUUAGUGGAGACAAUGAAGCAUUUUGAGGUUCUAAAGGCUGUGGCUGCAAUAGGGGGUGCAGGAACCUCAGGUUUGGAUACUAUGGUUCAAGAAAUCUGGAGCUCAUAUUGUCUGGCUAAAGAUUCCUUUACAAGCCAAAUUACAGAUGUGUUUAUUGUAGAAAAAAACAGCCCCUUCCAGAAAGCAUUUUUUGAAUUAAGAACUACAAUUAAGAACCUGGAACAUCAACUUGGAAAUAUUCUUAGAAGCAGUUUUGACCAAUGUCCUACUAUUGCUGCUCAGCUCAGGCUACUGGAGUUGUUUGAAGGAGUCAGCAGAAGAGAUAUUGUUAAGGAUCAUUUGAAGGAAAAAGACCUUUACUUGCUUAAUAUGUUUAUAGAAGAAAUUAAUCAGGUGAAGGACAUUUACCAGGAGAUGGCAGACAAUCCCCCUUUGCAUGUGAACAUGACUCCUACAAUCAGCAAACUCUUAUGGAUAAAAGGACUUCGUGCAAGAAUCUCUGAUCCUAUGGUAAAGUUGAGAACUAUGUCCCCUCUCACUCUUGAAGGAGACAUGGGCUGGGAGUUGAGACAUCUCUAUACAGAUCUAUCAGAAGAAUUGGAAAGGUUUGAGAACAGCCUGAUGACAUCUUGGUUUUCUGCUGUGAACAGAGAACUCAGUGACUCAUUAAAACUUCCAUUGCUUAAAUCCUCUGAUUCAGAACUUGGUCCUGGGGAAUAUCUCCACACAAUAGCGAUUAAUCUUCACCCAGACCUGCUGGUGUAUCUGCGGGAUGCAGACUACUUGUUGAAGCCUCCAUACACAAUGAAGCUGCCUGAAUCAAUUGAAUCUCUUCUAUGCAAAAUGGAUAUUAUCAAGUUUAAAAUGCUAUCUACUCAUCUGGAAACAGUUGUGUCCAAGUACAAUGAAGUAAUAAAAACAAUAUCUUACCACCAGAAGGCGCUGUUUGAGAAGAAAUUGCUAAAAAUCUUUGAGAUCCUGAGAGACGGAAUGAGCGUGUUCACUUGGAGCAUGGAUGAGAGUGCAGAUUAUACUGAACUUGCAACUUCCUACAUCUGCACCGACCUCUAUAACAACUUCAGCAUUGUUACGAAUAAUUACAGGCUAAUUAGCGAGCUGACUGCAGCAUGGUGCAUGGCAACCCUUGACAUUUUCACCUGUCGAGAAUUUAGCAGGAGCUAUUCCAUUACUGAAUUAGUGAUAAACCAGAAAAAUAUCGAACAUGAGCUGGAGAGCCUACUUAUUCCUGACGGGCAGAGGAUUCACUCCCUAGUUGAACAGUCCUUUGUUGCCUGUGGCAUCAGUGAGGCAUCACCUGCAUGGCAGGAAUUCAUAAUGCACAUUGAUGCUGUAGUUCUGCAAGGUCUGAAGAAAGUGACUAUAUCCAGCUUGGCUGCACUACUAAACACACUGCUGGACUGCGAUCAUGUUGCCAUCCUUAGCAUUGAAGUUGAACUGAUUAAUGAUGAAGUUGCCUUUAAUCCUCCUCUUGACCAAAGCACUUCUGAUACAAGUGUUAAGGAAAAUAUAGAGGAAUGGCUGAAAAUGUUUCUUCUCCGAGGAUCACUUCUAAAAGGACUUUCUGCAAUGGCAAAGGUGGGCUAUCAAGAUUAUGUGUCCGAAGAUGAAGAUACAUUGCAGCUGAUUGGUCACAUUCUACAGCAGGUGGAGAAUGGUGUUCUUGAGUGUCAGGCACUCCUAGAUGUUUUUGCCAAUUAUUCCUAUUUAUGGAAGAAGGAUGUUAAUGAAGAAUUCCAACUUUUUAUUCAUGGAAAGCAGAGGCUGACAAUUUCCCAAGGAAAAGAAGUUGCAAGGGACGGGUUGUCGCCAAUAAUCAAGACUGAAUACAGUAAUAAUAUCAAUAUGAAAUCACAUAACGAUCCAUUGAUUGUAGCAGAAAGAGCGUUUAUUUUGCCUAAAGACACAGCGGCACAAGUCACCCAUGGACCACUGUUAGAGGACUUUGAUAAUGAAAUCUCUAUAUACAAGGCUGCCCGAAACAGCAUUCAGAGACUCCCAGAUCAUCAGCAAUGUAGAUGGAUUCAGGUGGAUUUCCAGCCUGUCAAACAGGUUCUCAGUGCUUAUGCCCUCAAAUGGAUGUGGAUCUUUACAAAAUACCUCAUAGACCAGACUACUGGUACAUUAAAAAGUUUAGAUUCCUUUUUGAGAAGGACUGAACCCCAAAUAGAAAGUAUAACAGGAGAAGAGAGGGACACAGGAUCUUUCAUGAAGAUGAUGCACCUUUUUAAUGAGGUUUCCUCAAAGCAAGCGGAAAUGGAAGUGCAGUUCACAGUGUUACAGAAGACAGUGACUCUUUUAGGAAAGCAUGAGAUGGCUCUUCCCACAGACAGUGAGUUCCUCUAUAAGACAAUGCCUGCACGCUGGAACAGUAUGAAGACCAAAGUAUCACUUGCCAAGCAACGCCUGGGACCCAGGAUACAACAGGAAGCUGACCUAGUGACCAGGGAUUUAGAACGCUUUCAACAUAAACUUGAUAUUCUUGGCCCUGACAUUGAGACUUCUGAUGUCUACAAGUAUGAAUGCACAUCUCAGGAGGCCUUUAGAAUCAUACAGAAUUUCAGCUCACAGGUCCAAGUCUUGCAAAGUGAAGCAAAGGACCUGAAGGAACUGCAAGAGCUUCUGGAAGCAACAGUUGUCGACUUCUCCAUUUUAAACAACUGUGAGGACCUACUGCAGAAUCUGAGCCUUGUGUGGCAGCAAGUAGAUUCAAUCCUGAAAGAGCAGGACAUCUGGAAGAAAGAACUGUGGCAGGACAUGGACACAGAAGAACUGUACAAUAGAACCAGGCAGCACCUGCUUCUUCUGCAGUCUCUCCCAAGAGAGGUCCAAGAAUGGGAUGUUUACAUGCAAGCACUGGAAGCUGUCAAUAUCAUGCAUUUGACCUUGCCAUUAAUAGACGACCUAAGUAACCCUGCAAUGAGGACAAGACACUGGAAACAACUUGUCCGUCAGACAGGGGGAAUGCUUCGCGUUACUGCAGAAAGCUUGAAAGCAAUGACCCUGGGUGAUUUGCUUGCGAUGGACUUACAAAAACACACAGAUGAUGUAAGGACAACAGUGCAACGAGCAAUGCGUGAUGCCAACACUGAAAACUCCCUGAAGAACUGUGAAGAAGUCUGGCUGAGCAGAAUAUUUGACCUUGGUCCUCAUAGAAGAAUCAUAUCGGCCAGAGCUGAAAAUGAGGAACUUGCCAGUUCAGUGUCUGGUAGUCAUUACACAAAAGGAGACAUUAGCAGGAAUUUAACAACCGGAAAAGGAAGCAGAAGGCUUAGCAAGCAGUCUGACCGUGGCCUUCCAUUGUCCAAAAAGGCAGGCAGGGGAAGCACAGUGUCCUUGUAUGAGUCUCUGAAGCAUAUAGAGGAGUUUGGCAAAGUUCUACUACUGAGAAACACUGACUCUGUGUUUGAGGAGCUGGAACAUCACCAGAUGUUGUUGACUAGUAUACAACCCUAUGCAGAGGCUGGAUCCUUCCUUGAUGAAGUGACAAAGUGGCAGAAGAAGUUGCAAGUUAUUGAGACAACUGUGCAGCUGUGGCUGUCUGUGCAAAACAAGUGGACUCGGCUGGAAGAGGUUUUUUCAACAUUGGCAUUUCGUGUAGCAAUGCCUAGAGAAGCCAUUUUGUUUGCUGAUGUGCAUCAUAAUUUUUGCCGGCUCAUGAAAUCGGUGGAAGAGAAUCCAAACAUCUUGCAGAACUGCAUGCGAAGAGGACUGCAGUCUCUGCUAGACAUGAUGAACUACAAACUUGAGCGCUGCCAACGUGCCAUCCUACUUCACUUGGAGCGGAAGAGACAAGUCUUUCCAAGACUGUUCUUUUUGUCCUCUGACGAUACUCUCAAUGUUGUGUGCUAUGGUUAUGAUCUGGAUGUUUUGAGUGGAUACAUAAUGAAGAUAUUUCAACAUGUGCACAGUCUUAUUUAUCAAACCAGUUCUGAGCAAGGCUGCCAACAAAUUUUGGGAGUGAGAAGCUUUCUAGGUGAGGAGCUGCAUCUUACCAAGCCUCUUGAAUGUAGCGGCCCUGUAGAGAUAUGGCUGCCACAGCUUGUAAGCAGCAUAAACACAUCUCUUCAAAAUCAAGUGUCAGCAGCAGUGGAGCAUACCAAUAGGAGGAGAGUGAUACACAGUGCCGGGGCACGGCGAGUGGUGAUAGACACACCUGGAACUAAAGAGGACACUGCAGCAAACAACCAAAAUAUGAGCGCAACCUCGGUUGAAGAAAGUUCAUCCAUAGCUUCUGGACAUGGUGAGAGACAAGAGUCCAAUCACUGGGUCCUCCGUACACUGAGUGACGUGGCUUACCUGUCCACUCAGAUUAAUUUCUGCCGAGAAUGUAGAGGAAAUGGGGAAAAGAGCAAUAAAACUAUACAGGGCUGCCUUAAGGAUCUGACAGAAGGAAUUGAGUAUGCUGCCAAGAUAUUAAAUGAAAUUCCCCAGAAAGACAUUCAGCUGCAUUUUGAAAGAACCUCAAAGGCAGAGAGGAAAGGAAAUGGGCAAGAUGAAAGUGAGCGCUUGGGAAAAGGAGAAGAAACCACCCUGUCAGCUAUGAAACUCACAUUGUCUGCAGGGGAUGCAGUGAAACUCACCAAUCACAUCCUUCUACUUUUAUAUCAGCGCGAUAUUGCAAGUCAAAUCCUGUCAGAAACAGCACCUAUAUGGAAACAGAAGCAGCCGUUAUGCUAUGAAUAUGAUGACAAGACUAAGGAUACUGUUGUGAAGAUUGGUGAUUCUACAAUCCACUAUGGCUAUGAGUACCAAGGGUCAGCUGAGCAUAUUCUCAUCACACCACUAACUGAACGGAUGUUUCUAAGUGUUAUGGAUGCAGUUGCUUCUGGAAUUGAUGCUUUGUGUAUUGGACCACAGGCCUCUGGAAAAAAGUCUACCAUCCGAGAAUUAGCACUUGCUCUUGGAAAACCACUUUUCUGUUUUAACUGCACAAAGACUUUUGAUCACAACAUUCUGCAAGACAUUUGCAAAGGACUUGCUGCCGCAGGUGCCUGGGUGUGCAUAAAUGGACUUGAACAGUUACCCCAGCACAGCCUUUGGUUGUUAGCGCAGCUACUUACACAGAUUCAGUCAGCUAAGCAUGGUGGUAGAGAAACCGUCACUAUGCAGUUGGAAGAGGUACCUUUAAACACAGCAGGUGCAUGCAUAGCCAUCAUUAAAAGAUCACCUACUGACACUGUACAUGAGAAUAACUACUCCCACAAGUCUAAGCUUCCCGACAGCCUCCUGAACUGCUUCCGGAUAGUUGGUGUUAGUGAAUUGCCUCUCAACUUCAUCAUUGAAGCCCAGCUCCUUCUGAAAGGUUUUUCACAUGUAGCUUACCUGGCUCAAAAGCUGUCUACCAUUCUGCAUUCAUUUGGAAAGUUAUGUAGAGAAGAACUUACAGGAUCUGGGUCAUCUGAAAAUGGGACAUGUCGGGGUUUAUCAAUUCCAGAGCUCAGCAAUCUCCUUGAAGAAGCAGGCAGUAUUCUAAAAUCUCUGCAUAAAUACCAUAGUGGUACCCAAGAGCAAGAACUGGCAAGCACGGAUGAAGAUUGGCAGCGUAGCCUAGAGGACAGAGCAGUGAUUACUGCGAUACAGAAUUGCUGGCUAACACAAUUGGCAGAAGAUAGUGCAUGUCUUUUAAGGUCUUUUGUGGCUGCUGAAUGGCCAAAUGCAGUAAAUUCCCUAAAGACAUCACAUGACAAUAACAUAGUUGUCAAUAAUUUGUAUGGUCUGAUCCCUGCAGUCAUUGUUGCAAAAUAUGGUCCUGGACAGCAGGUUCCCUCAUCUGAAUGUACAGAAGAAGGCAAUGUCCCGAGUGCCAUAAUAAAAGCUGCACAAAAAUGUCAUAUUUUUCCAAGUAACACAUUUGUAUUCAAAGUUUCCCAUCUGGUUCAGCUGGCACCAAAGUACCAAACAGUGGUGGUAACAGGCCCUGCAGGAUGCGGCAAGACUACAUGUAUCCAAACCUUCCUGGAAACACUCAGAGAAGAAGGGAAAAAAGUCAAGACAGACACCAUAUACACCAAAGCCCUCCAGCCUGGGCACUUAUUGGGGUUAAUGGGUAAAAGCGCUGGAUGGAUCGAUGGACUGUUGCCACAAUUGCUAAGAACAUACUGUCAGCCACGUACAAUAGUUGAUAACAAUCAAGUGAACAUUCUGCACUUGGAUGGAGAGGUGAAUGAUAAUGAAAUGGAGCUUAUGCAGAACCUGUUCUGUGGUGCAGAUUUUUUUACCUGUGAAAAUAAUGAGCGUAUAUGGCUCUCAGACUCACUUCUUCUUUUUUGGGAGCUUGAAACAUUAGCUAAUGUCAGUCCUUCAGUUCUGUGUUGUGUGGGUAUCCUGGCUAUGACAAGUGAUGACAUGGAUUGGAAAUUGCCUCUCAAAACAUGGAUGAGUUCCCAUGCAGAACAUCAGCCUCUGCUACACCAACUCACAGAGACAUUCCUAGAGCCUAGCUUGCAGUUUCUCAGAGAUCAACAAAUACUUCCCCAAACGGGAGAUGAAAGACAGAGGACACAAAGAGAUCCCUUCCUGUGUGAAGCAAGCAUGGUGCAGACAUUCUGUAGGAUCUCUGAGGCUUUGACACAGCAUGUCCCAGAGAUGUUGUCUGAGGAUAUAAAGAAGUAUUUCAUAUUUUCCUGCAUAUGGUCUUGCGGAAGUUGGUUGGACGCUCAUGAAAGAACUGUGUUCAGCAACUGGUGGAGGCAGACCUUCAGAAGUCAUACCACCUUUCCAGCAGAAGGAGAAGUCUGGGACUAUCACAUUGACACUGAUACGCAACACUUUGUCAGAUGGCAUGACACGUUUUCCUCCCACUCUGGUAGUCACGGGCAAAGUAGGACCUCUGAGGCGUUUGUUCCCACGGUACACUGUGAGAAAUUAUUGUACCUUUCCAGCCUAUUGAUAACAUCGGGUUACCCUGUUCUACUGGCUGGAGAGGCUGGAUGUGGUAAAUCAGUUCUCAGCCAGGAGCUACUUGAUGGUCUGUGUUUGGGAGAUGUUUCAGAGAUGUCUGAGCUGCGUAUUCCUAUCAACAGUUCUACGGAUCCUCGGAGACUGUGGGGGUGCUUAAAAGACCGUUUGGAAUGGCGACAUGGCACAUUUCAUACACCAGCUGGAAACAAGAAAUUGUUGUGUUUACUCGAUGACCUCAACCUUGCUAAGGUGAAUGAGCAUGGCAGUCAGCCAGCCUGUGAGUUUGUUCGCCAGCUUCUUGACCAAGAAAGAAUAUUUGAUCCCAUCUCUCUGAAUUGGAAAAUUAUCAAGGGGAUCAUAUAUCUGGCAACAUGGAGUACGACAGCUGAGAGCUCUGCAGCACAAAGCCAACGGCUCCUAAGACAUUUCUGCACAUUUCACUGCAAGUACCCAAGUCAAAGCGAACAGCUUGGAAUAUUCCGCAGCAUACUGAAUGGUCACUUUGUGCCAGGAGUGACAGAACACAAGGCUGGCAGUAAUGGUGCUGUGUCUGCUGAACACCUGGAGGAAUUAAUCACAGCUAUCACUAAAGUUUCAGUAGAACUCCAAGAGAGACUGAGGACGGUGUUCCUGGGAACGUCUCAGCGCUGUCACUACAUAUUUACACUUCGAGAUCUUGCUAAAAUAUUCAGGAAUAUCUGCCUUUCUCUGGAUGGAGGGACUACUAGUGACAAUCUCAUGUUGCUUUGGAGACAUGAAUGCGAGUGGGUGUAUGGGCACAGAAUGUCCAGUUCUGUGGACUAUAGCAGAUUUGUGCAGGAGCUGACCGCAGCAGUGAAGAAAGUGUUUAUAAAUGAAGAACAGGUAGAGCUCAUCCUGCGGCCUCAGCAGCCCUUCUUUAGUAAUAUUGUAGAGGAUGAUGGUGGGUUAAUCACUACUGUAGCCAGGCAGCAAGACAUGAAUUUGUUCAGGAGAAAUGAGAAGACCAGCAGCGCCAGUCACAUCCUAGAUGGGUACCAGCAAACGUUUGAUUUAGUCCAUGUGAAGCAGUUGCUAACAGAAGCGCUGAGAGAAUACAACAAAGUGAAUCCCAGAAUGAGCAUCACAUUUUAUCAGUGUGCAAUGAAGCUGCUAUGCCGCUUGGCCCGUAAUCUCUGGAGUGCUCAGGGAAGUGCGCAUACCCUACUGUGUGGAGAGGGCUGUCCCCGAUAUAGCACUGCAUUAGCUCAGCUGGCAGCACACCUUGCCGGAUUUAGUGUGGUCCAGCUUGGUUCACAUACUAAAAUAGAGGAUGUGGAGCAGCGAAACAAAAACCUCAAAUCCCAGCUUGUAGAUUGGUAUGUGAAAGCCGGUUUGAAGGGCCAGAAAUCUCUGCUCCUGCUUACAGAAGAGGAUAUUGACCCUGCGGCACUGGUAUACAUCACAGAAUUUGUCGUUUUUGGGUCAGUGUCACAUAUGUUUACAUUGGAACAACAGGCAACUAUAGCCAAUGCCAUGAGAAAUGAGGUCACUAAUUCUGGGCUGACAUAUUCUAAAGAGAGUGCAUGGAAUUUAUUCUUGCAGACUGUGCAACAAAACAUUCGCUGGUUUCUCAUUCGUAGCAACAUAGGUUCCCAAUUUUACAAAUGGUGUCUUCAAUACUCAUCACUUUUUAAUGCACUGAAUGUAUAUUACAUCCCCCAAUGGUCACAAGAAAACCUAAUAGAACAUGCAAACUAUCAUUUUCAAGAUUUAGAUAUGUUGACCAAGCAGGAGAUUGAAAAUGUGUGCCAUCUACUAUCAUCCAUGCACCUUUCUAUCAUCAAGCAUGUCAAGUCAACCAAGGGAAAAUAUGGCAAAAUCACCAAUGCAACCUUCAAUUAUUUUGUUCAGUGUUUCAGAGCUCUUAUGAAAGAACAAUAUGCUAGAAUUAUAGCAGAGCACAAUCUGGCAAAGGAAGCUCAUGAUUGCAUUGGAAAAAAGCUUACAUCGCAUGAAAAACUGACAGAUGAUCUUAUGCAUGAGAAUAUUGUGCUUGAACAACACAAAGACGGUACACUGAAAAUAUUACAACAGAUUGCUCAGGACAAGGCAGUGGUGGAACAGAAGAUCAAGGCUGUCUACCAGCAGUUACAGAAGAUCAAGAAGUUUAGAUCACUUCUUCCAGAAUAUCAAGUGGCACUAGAGAAAGCAGAGUACAAAUGUUCUGCACUAAUAGAAAACAUUAAACAACUAGUGCAAAAGAUGGAUAUAACAGCUUUAGGAGAAUUGCGUGCUAUGCAAAAGCCUGAUGUGGAUAUAGAAGAGCUGAUGGCUUCUGUCAUUAUAAUUCUAAAGUCUCCUAAUACUGAUCUGACGUGGGCAAAAGGAGCUAAGAGGCAGAUGGCCAAUAUUGAUCGCUUCCUGAAUGAGCUGAUGACUUUCCACCUUGCACAGUUGCCACAGUCUACACUAGAACUUCUGGAAACAAACAUAAGGAAAGUCCAAUUUACACCUGAAAACAUGGAGAAAAAGGCAGCCGGUAAUGUGGCAGCAGGGACUCUUAUGAGGUGGCUUCAAGGUGCAGUGCAGUAUUACAGAGUUUUAUCUUCUAAGGUAAAACCUUUAAAGAGCAAAGUAUCAGAAAUGACCAUUGCUUUAGAAGAAGCUGAACAACAAAUGACAAGUUUACAACAGAGAAAACAAGCACUGGUUUUAAGAUUGUCUGACCUGGGGAAAGGCUUUGAGGAAGCAACCAUGCAUAAAAACAAGCAACAACAAAAAACUAUUGAAAUAGCCCAAAAGUUGGAUCAAGCAGCAAAGAUAGCUCAGCUCCUUGAAGAGGAGAAGAAGAAAUAUGCCACUGUUGUAAACAUCCUUCCAGAUAGGCUGCUUGGCAUCCCUGGAAGUGCAGCCAUGGCAGCGGGAUUAGUGUCGUACCUUGGAGCUUAUGAACACCACUUUCGACAGCUAAUGCUAACAGCUGAAUGGCCUAAGGCUGUGAAAGAGAGAGGUUUCCCAUUGAUGAUAGACUCAAGUGACCCAAACAAAGGGUAUGUGAUUGAAUUCUCAGUUGUAUUCGCCUCUGAUUCUCCUGUGGAAAACCAGAAGAUCAAUCACAACACUGAUCAAAUAGAUGCAGCAGGAAAUUAUCAUUUUAAGGUCGAUAGUUGGUAUCCAGACCAAGGAGAAAUAACCUCAGAUAGAUUUAAUGACCAAUGUUCACCAAUCAUUACAGAAGAGCUGUAUAUGGACUUUAUAAAGGCCUUAAUAAUGAGAAUUGUAAAACCAGAAGACAUACAAACAUGGUCAGCGAAAGACUGGACUCCUCAGCAGAUGGAGAAUGCAGCGAUACUUUCAUUUUCUUUUCAGCGUCCUGUGUUGCUAGUAGAUCCUUGUUUUAAAGGGGAAGCAUGGGUUCAAGAUAUUCUUGGUACCUCUUGUGAAAAUGCAUUCUCUUCUUUAAACCUACAGGCAAGGCAAGACAGCAGUAUCCUGGCGCCAAUUGAAAAGACCAUUUUGUCUGGUGGACCACUGAUUCUAAACAACUACAGCAAUAAAUGGGACGACUUAUUAAUGCCACUCAUUGAUCACUGUUGUGCUGCUCAAAACAGAAUUAGCCAACAAGGUUCCUCUUCCAUCAUCUCUUUCAAUGGACAUAGACUUCUCUGCACUGAUAACUUCAAGCUGUACUUGGCAGCCUAUGAGUUGGAACCCUGUUUCAACACUGAAAUCUUUUCGGGGACAACCAUUGUUAAUUACAGUUUUUCUGAUGGAAGUCUGCUAGAGCUGCUAAUGAGGAAAGCUUUUGCAAUAGUCCAUCCAGAUCUAUAUAAGCAGUUAAUGGAAAUGGCAAAUCUAAUUUUAAAACAUCAGCAAGGUUUGAAACAACUGGAAAAGAAAAAUAGAGAAUGUUUAAUUUCUUCAGAACUGAGCAACGUUUACGACGAUGUCAACAUUAUUACAAUGUCCGAGGAAAAGAAAAAAAUUUCAUUAGCGCUUGAGAUGGCUAAAGCACAAUUGAGUGACUUGCUGCAAGUGAGGGAAGGACUGUACCCCUUGGCACAGCGAGGAGCUCUAUUUUAUUCCAUCUUAAAGUCUCUGCGAUGUCUUGCUGAUGAAUAUGACUUUACCUUAGAGUUCUUCCUGAACCUCUUUGACCAUGCCAUUGAAACAAAAAGUGACCUACAAGAUUUUAUUCAGAUGACUAGUGAGGACUCUGUGCCGGCUUCUCUUCAUUUGAGUGAUGAAGUUGACCAGCAGUUACAUCACAGUAUGACAGAUGAUCAAGAAGUGAAAGAAAAUGGAGGUGCUGUGCCAGCUCACCAUGGCCAAGAGCCCAUCACUCCUGCUGAACCACACAACUGUAGCCUGUCUCCCAAUGGCAUGAGGAAGAUAUUAGAUAAGUUAUCUCAGGCAGUAUACCAAGUCAUGAUACAGAGCCUACUUCCCGAGCACAGCACGCAGGCCUGCGCCCUCCUGCUCCUCUGCACACAGCACAUGGAGGAUAAGUAUAGCAUUACAGAGGAGGAACUUGCCUUUUUUGCAAAAGGCAGCUGUGGAUUCAAUACAAUAAAAUUGGAGACAUUUAACUCCAACGUAAGUGCACCACCAUGGCUGCCUCACGAAAGAUGGGAAGAACUAAUGACUUUGUCAUCCAUAUCAGUCCACCUGAAAGAAUUAUGUGUUCAGAUAGCAGAAAAUCCUUCUGAGUGGAAUAAAUGGUACAACUCAGAUUAUCCAGAUGUUCCAAAUUCAGAUGGCUCAGGAAAUAAAGAAGAUGCAGGUGAAGGUGUUGUUCAGCUUCCUGCAUGUGGUGAGAUAGGAUGUCAAUUGGAUGACUUCCACCGCUUACUGGUGGUUCGUGCAGCACGUCCAGACCGCUUUCCUAGUGCUUUAUGUCGAUGUGUGCAAAGAUUGUCCAGUGACCUGGAACUCCGCAAUCUCCCCCUCGGCAUUUAUAACAUAGCAGCACUGGAGCCUGAUAUCUUUGGUGUUUUAGUUGUUGAACCGUCUAGCAGGACACCUUCAUAUGGUGAUGCAAUCUUGAGCCAUAAAGCCAAAUUAACAAUAAUCCGUGCAGCAAAGGAUAAAAUGAUACCAUUGUUAAUUGUGAGCAUAAAGAGUGACAAUGAAGAAGAGGUAAAGGUAGCACUAAAUGACACAAUGAAUCAGAAUGGCUGGCUUAUCAUAGAAAAUCUACAUCUGGCAUCAAAGACCAUGCUAAAGAAUCUGCACACGUGCCUGCGCUAUGCUGCAAAGAUGCGAGUGUCUCAGAAAGAGGAAAGACAAUUCUGUGUGUGGCUGACUUCUGAACUUGGAACAUCUAUUCCUCAGGAAUUCCUAGCACAUCUUAAAAAGGUAUCCUGGCAUUUCCUAAUGUUGAAUCAGAUAAACAGAAAAACAUAUUUGAGUGAUGUGUUGUAUACUGAUUCUCUGCCACGACUGCUGAAUUCAGCAAUCAUAUCAGCACUGGGCCAGAUGGAAGAAGAGAUAUUUGCAAAUGUGAGGUCAAGUCCCAUCUCGAUUCUAAGACUUUGCUUUGGAAUUUGUGUAUUACACGGAGUUCUGCAGACACAGUGGAUAUUUCCCAACACUGGUUUGAAUCACCUUCUAUAUCUGGGGCCUAAACAGCUUACACAGAGCCUCAAUGCAGUCUUGACGGCUUAUGAUAAAAUUAAAAGCUGUGAUAACAACUUUACUGGAGCCGUGGUUGAAGCAAUAAACGCCAUAUAUUCUUGUCUUACACUAACGGUAGAGGAUAGAGCUUACAUUCAAGCCAUUGUGCAUGAGACUAUUUCAUGCAGCCUACAGCAACCAGAAUAUCUUACCAUCAACCACCUCAGCUUUCCCAUUCCGCCUGCUGAUGUGGACCCUGCACAGUAUUCCAGCUGGUUUAUUGACCACCUGCCUGCAAAUGUUUCAUGCAAAGAAUUACUUUUGUCCACAGCAACGGAGAGAGCUGCUGCGGAGACAUAUGCUUCAAAAUGUUUGCAGGCCCUGUCAGCAGUGUAUGAUGCAAUGAGUAGUUCUCUGCCUCUGACCAACCCUGAAGAUCAGAAUUCUGUAGUAGAGCUUAGUGACUUGCGUGCGAUCUGUGAUACAGUGUUAGAGCGACUUCCUCCAGUGAUACAGAUUGAUGUUCUACAUCCAUCUUUGAAAAUGAUUUUCUUGACUGAUAAUGGGACUGGAGAAGAUCAUAUUAGUAAACACAUUCUUUUACAGGAGUGCAAGUGGAUGAACACAAACCUUAAACAUAUUAGAAACAGUGUUUCUAUGUUAUUGAAUUGUUUGCUGGGAGGUGUGACUGCAAUACCAGAAGAUCUGAGAAAUGUUGCAGAGACCUUACAGAAUGCAGUGGUACCCAAAUCUUGGCUCCCCUCACACAGAUGCCAUACAUCACAUAAUAUUAUUUCCUGGCUGGAAGGUCUUCAUAUGAAGCACAAACAGUUAAAUAUGUGGGUGAAGAAAGGCUUAAUACCAUUUUCCAAGUCUGAAAAGGAGGCCCUGACCUCCAUAAGCCUUGGGAGACUGGUUAACCCUGAGGCCUUGUUGCUGGCACUGAGAGUGGAGUUUGCAGCUCAUCAUGGAUAUUUAUUGCAUGAGGUUGGACUCCAGUGUCACAUAGCAGAAUACCCUGACUACAGACCUGACAGUGAGAUGUAUACACUGUGCCUCCAGGACCUCGUCUUACAGGGUGCAGCAUGGGAUUUCAAAAAUAAUCACCUGAAAGAAUCAAGGGAAACAAUGCAUCCGUUACAAUUUGUCUUCAUAACUCCUAUACUUCUUGGGCAUAUGAAACCCAGUGAGGAUGACACUAAGAUAUAUGAGUGUCCUAUGUACAUAGACUACACAAUGCAGCAUUGCGUGAUGAGACUCCCGCUUCUGGGCACAAAACCUGUAAGCCAGUGGCACCUUAGGAGAGUGGCUAUUAUCCUAAAUCCAGACAUUGAUGUCACCACAUCUGGAAGAGCUGUACCAACAAUGAAACAAAUCAGGAGAAACAUUCCAGUAAUAAACCCACUGACAAAGGUAGAUAAUUCAUCACAUUCCAGGAUUUUCUACAAAACAAGCGAUGAUCAGGAUUAUCUAUCAGUACAGGUCCAUGCACAGGAGACUUCUAGAAUAAAUGAUGUUCAAAAACAUCCUACAGAAAGUGUACAAUCUCAUAUUUUGCUAGUAGAGGGAGGAAGUGAGCCUACACUUCAGAAAAACUCAACCACUGACGUGGUUACUGAGACCAACAAUCAAGGUGAUGCGUUCAUCAGAGGAGAUGGCAACAAUGAGAAUCUGACUGUAUCUGUGGCUGAUGAAAAAGAAGUUAGCCAGGAACUGGAAGCAGGGUUGUCAGAAGGAACAGGUAUUAUUGCAUUUCAGUCUGACCGAGCUACAGAGACUAAUAAUGAAGCAUUCAUUAAAGAAGACUUAAGGGAGCAUAUAAGGAAUUCUGAUUAUGAGCAUUCUGAUAAUGAGCAUGACCAUGGCUAUAACAAGAGCAUCUUUGACGAGUCUGGAAACAAAGGAGAGUUUGAUAAUUGGCAAGAAACCUUUAAUGAAGAUCUUCCUGGCAAUAAUGAAAAUCAAGAUGGUAACAAUCAUGGACAGGACAGGGCAGACUAUAAUGAAGAUGACUUUCGUAACAGAAACGAUAGUUCAUAUGUUCAUGCAGGUGAUGACAUCCCUGGAGACACUAGGGGGCAUAUUAACCGCAAGGAAGCUGAAGAAUCCUGUGGAGAAUCAGAGAGCCCUGGCACUGGUUCAGAGUCAUAGCACCAAGGGCAGAAGGCUCAAGGAAAGUGUACGGGAUUCAGUGACUACUGUUUAUCUUAUCAGACACAUGACAACAUUGAGUAUAAGGAGUUUUCACAAGGCUCAUAAUGUCAUAUGAAAGAUGUUUGUCAAAAGGAAAAUCUGCAUUACCCAAUAGCAAUUUGUCAAUGUGUGAAUAUGACAUACUUAAUAUAAAUUCAUAAUAUGUAUCAGUACAAGUAUGUCAUAAGAUAUUUUGGUUUACUUUUCUAUUGCAUAUUAUGGUGGCUUAUAAAAUAAAUAUUGGUGGAUGAACA